AUGCAAAAACCAACCACACCCCCAGCCCCAACCUUCGCACCUCCCAACCACAGAUCCCGUCUGACCGUCUCCCCCGCCCUACCCUCCGACAGCACCGCCCUCACAGACACAUUUCUGGCCGCCUUCUCCGACGACUUCAAUCGUCGGCUGUUCCCGCCCACCCCGGACGUGCGGAGCUGGUGGGUGGAGCAGUUCCGCCGGGACAUUGAGCUGGCGGGGGGCAGGGAUCCGUCGUGUGCGGUGCUGAAGGUGGUUGAUGAAGAUGGUGUGAUUGCGGGGUUUGCGAAGUGGCAGUUCCCUGUUCCCGUCUCUGCGUCGAACGAUGGCCAUGGCGCUGGGGUCGGGGAUGAGGAGAAGGUGGCGUGGCCCCCCAGCUCGGACUCGGAACUGUGUGAGAGGUUCUUUGGGGAUAUUCAUGCUGAGAAGGGGAGGGUUAUGGAUCUCGACAUGCUCGGUACUAGACCCGACUUCAAUGGACGCGGGGUUGGGUCCUCGUUGCUAAGAUGGGGGCUGCAGCGUGCGGAUGAAGUGGGUGUCGACACGUUCCUGGCGUCCACGCCCCAGGGUCGCCCGCUGUAUGAGAAGUAUGGGUUUCGGGUGGUGCGGGAGUGGGAGGUCAUUCCGGGGUAUAGGCAGGCGGCCAUGGUGAGGGAGAAAUAG